AUGGUGCUGGUGUCUCAGGCGCCCAGAGCGGGGCCACUGAAGCAGCUCGCGCCGAAGGCUAGGAGCAGCCUGCCUGAGCUGCAGGCUCGCCGAGCCCUCGGGGCGCCGCUGGGGCUGCGCCAGGCUGGCGCGGGAGCGCUCGCAGCGGCCGAGCGCGGGCAGCGCGCACCCGUCUCGGGGCCGGCAAGGCCUGCCGUGAACCCGUACGUGGACCCGACGAAGCCCAAGCCGGCCAAGUCGUCCACCCUCGCCGCCUCCGCCCCCGCGUCGGCGAAGAAGGGCGCCGGGCACGCGGACGGGGACUACUGA